CUGGCAUCACCCUGGAGCCCACACGACAUUGCCACCACCGUGCCGGGGGGCUGCGGAGCGCCAGAGAUGAUGGGCUGAGCAUCCGUCCCUGAGGCACCCCAGGGCCAUGAGCUCGCCGUGCGGCCCUGACUCGGAUAUUGCAGACUGGCUGGCCACCAUCCACUUGGAGAGGUACCGAGAUGUCUUCAAGCAGCACGGAUACCAUGUGGCCAGAGAUGCCACCUCGCUGGACAGCCACCACCUGCAGCAGAUCGGCAUCACCGCCACCGGGCACCGCAAGAGGAUCCUCACCCUGGCGCAGCAGACGCGGAUGCUGAGUCAACCCCGGGGGAGACCCGCAGCAGGAGACACCCACUCCCGAGGCACGGAACUCCUGGAUGCCCCCCAGGAGGGCAAGGAUGCCAUGAGAGCAGAGCCGGGAGGGACUAGUGACGCCUUUGGGACGCAGCCUCGUGUCACCGUGCCCAGCCAGGCAGCGCCGGGAGAGAAGGACCCCGCUCCUGCCGCCCUGAAGCCCAUUCCCAAACCAAGGACGGUUUUCCCUCGCUCGAAGGCAGAGCAGGGAUCAGUGCCCGUGCCCCCCGCACGCUCAGCGGUGCCAGCACACAGCCCGGGCAGCGAGAGGGCACCAGCAGCUUUUGUGGUACUAGAGGGGUUUGUGCCAGGGGAGAGCUCCACGGAUUUGGAGAGCGCGGAGCGCGGAGCUGAUCCCGGGGCAGCCGUGGCCAUGGGUGUGAUCGCAUCCCGGCUGAGAGGGCGGGACGGCGCUCGGGAGGAGACACGGCCACCCCCGAGCCACGGACAAACCCCGGAGACAGCGGAGAGAUCCCCCCCGGCCGCCCCGAGCGUUCCCCCGCGGCACAGACAGCGGGGCCUGGCAGCCGAGCCCGGCCCUGGCAGUGCCCACGAGGGUCCCCCAGCACCCAGCCCUGCCCUGCCCGCCCCAGCCCGGAGGGACCCCUCGCCGUGCCCCAGGGCAGCCUCUGCCCGCCUGGAGAUGGUGUCCAACAUCAUCUACGAGGGACUGGAGCGCCCGUCGGCACCCUCGGAGGAGGCGGGAGGGCAGGAUGGACCCCGGGGUGAGGGAGUCCCUCAGUCCCCGGCUCUGUCCCUGCAGGAGCAGACCCAGCCCGAGGACAAGUCUGAUCCUGGCUGGCCCGGUGGAGCCCUGCCCCCCAUCCCACAGAGACCCAGCAGCAAGCCAGAGGUGAAUGAUCCUCCAGUCUGCCCCUACAGCGAGACCAUCUUUGGCCACGUGGCCUCACCCCGGGAGCCAAAGGGUGUUGGCAUCUCCUCUGAGCAGAGCUAUGAGGCCGUGUCCGAGCUGGAGCUGGAGCGAGAAGGCUGCAGGACGAGCAGCGAGUGCAGCAGCGAUGGGCGGAGCGAGGACGAGGAGAGCCGGAGCCGCCUCAUCGAGCGCAUCGCCCACAACGACACCGAGGGCUAUUCCACCGUGGAGGCCCCGCGUGCCGAGGGCUCCCCGUUCAGCCUGCCAGCACACCUGUACCCGGACGAGGUCCUGGAUGACCUCACCAUCUCCCCCUACGCCAGCUUCACGUCGCUGUGUGAGCCCCGGCCCACCAUGCUCGGUGGCUGGCUGGACAAGCUGUCCCCACAAGGGAACUAUGUCUUCCAGAGGCGCUACGUCCGUUUCGAUGGGAAGAACCUGAUGUACUUCAGCAGUGAGAAGGAGCCCUAUCCCAAAGGAGUGAUCCCACUGUCUGUGAUUGAGAUGGCUCGUUCCACCAAGGACAACAAGUUCCAGGUCAUCACCAGCCACAGGAUCUUUGUCUUCCGUGCUGAGAACGAGGCCCAGAGGAAUGAGUGGUGCUCCACGCUGCAGAAGAAGGUGAUGGAGCAGCGCCUGGUGGGGUCCCGGCCCCGCCCUGCGAACACUGCCCACUGCCAGAAAUCGGGAACGCUGGAGCUGAAGGGCCAGAAGUCCAAGGUUUUCGCAGCCCUGAGCCUGCCUGAGAUGUGGCUGUACAAGAGUGAGCAGUUCUUCAAAAUGGGCAUUGCCAUGUGCUUCAUCGAGAUGCGCGGCUCCACCAUCCGCGAGGCCAAGAGCCGCAGCUUCGAGCUCAUCACCCCCUCCAAAACGUUCAGCUUCGUGGCGGAGUCGGAGCGGGAGAAGCGGGAGUGGAUGGAGGCGCUGCAGGAGGCCAUCGCUGAGAUGCUCUACGACUACGAGGUGGCAGAGAAGAUCUGGUCCAACAAAGCCAACAAAUACUGCGCUGACUGCUGGGCUCAGAGUCCUGACUGGGCAUCCAUCAACCUGUGCGUGGUCAUCUGCAAGCAGUGUGCAGGGCAGCACCGCAGCCUGGGCUCCAACAUUUCCAAGGUGCAAAGCCUGAAGCUGGACACCAGCGUCUGGUCCAACGAAAUUGUACAGCUCUUCAUCGUGCUGGGAAAUGACCGAGCCAACCGGUUCUGGGCUGCUCGGCUCCCCGCCACCGAGGCCAUCACCCCGGACAGCAGCGCCGAGCAGAGACGGGAUUUCAUCACCCGCAAGUACCGGGAGGGACGGUACCGCCUGCCCCACCCCCACUACGGCACUCAGGAGGAGGUGCUCCAGGCGCUGUGCACUGCAGUGGCAGGACCAGCCCUGCUCAAGACCAUCCUGCAGUUCUUCUCAUCCUCGGAGGCUGCCCUGGCCUCUGAUCCUGCUGCCAGCGAGGCAGCCCCAGGGGCCGACCCUUGGUGGGGACCAGAGAGCAAAAGGCCCAGGAACCAUUCAGGGAGCCCCCGUGCGCAGGACCCAGGUCCCGAGGGCGUCUACAACGAGAUCACGCAGCCAGUGACACACAGCGGGUACCUGUACCGGGCCACGGCCCCCCCAAAGCUCCCAGGGGCCAGGAAGAGCAAAGAGGGUGAGUGUGGGCAGCCUGGGAGGGCAGCCAGAGGUGCCCACCCCGGUGCCACUGACCCCUCAAUUCCUGCAGAUUUCCAGCGCACGUGGUGCUCCCUGGAGAGAGCCCUGCUCUUCUUUGAGACUGAGAAAUGCACCGAGCCCCUGGGCCACAUUGACAGCGGGGAUCUCAUCUCCCUGGGGGUCAACAGAGCCCACCAGGCCGUCAGCAGCCCUGGCCCCACUGAGAGGUUUCGUUUCACCCUUGAGCUGUUCCUCACUGGGGAAAAGGUGCAGCAGCUGGGAACUGAUGGGCCUGAAACGCUGCAAGCCUGGGCCAGUGCCAUCGGCAAGUGGUUCACCCCCGUGAGCUGCCACUGCCUGCUGGGCUACGAGUUCCAGCGCGUGGGCCAGCUGCGCUACAAGUGCAUGCUGAACCCCGAGCGCUGGCAGAGGGCCUUCUUCAUCCUGCAGAAAGGUCACCUCUUCAUCUGCCCCGCCGAGGAGGACGGGGCCGAGGACAGCAUCAACCUGCGGCGGCUGCAGGAGCUCAGUCUGGUUCCCCCCACGGACGCCCCGGAGAAGAAGGAGCUGCUGGUGCUGGUGGAGAUGGGGAGGACAUUUUACCUGCAGGGCUUGUCGCGGGCGGACUCGGCAGCGUGGUACGGUGACAUCCAGGCGUCAGCAGGGGGCCGGGGCAACGCUCUGAGGGACCAGCAGCUGAGCCGGGGGGACAUCCCCAUCAUCGUGGACUCCUGCAUCGCCUUCAUCACCCAGUACGGGCUGCGGCACGAGGGGAUUUACCGCAAGAACGGAGCCAAGUCCCGGAUCAAGGUACUGAUGGAGGAGUUCCGGCGGGACGCCCGCAACGUCAAGCUGCGCAUCAGCGACAACUUCAUCGAGGACGUCACUGACGUGCUGAAGAGAUUCUUCCGCGAGCUGGAAGAUCCCAUCUUCACCCUGGAGCUGCACCCGCAGUGGAAGGAGGCUGCAGAAAUCUCCUCGAAGCCGCAGCGCUUGGAGCGGUACAAGGAGCUCAUCCAUCGCCUGCCUCGCCUCAACCACAAGACCCUGGCCGCGCUCAUCGGGCACCUCUACCGGGUGCAGAAAUGUGCAGACCUCAACCAGAUGAGCACCAAGAACCUGUCGCUGCUCUUCGCACCCAGCCUCUUCCAGACCGAUGGCAAAGGGGAGCACGAGGUCAAGGUGAUGGAAGAUCUCAUCGACAACUACGUCAGCAUCUUCAAUAUUGAUGAGGAUCAGGUAUCCCAGAUGGAUCUGGAGAACAGCCUGAUCACCACCUGGAAGGACACUCAGCUCUCCCAGGCAGGGGACCUCAUCAUCGAGGUGUACCUGGAGCAGAAGGUGCCCGACUGCUGUGUCACCCUGAAGGUGUCCCCCACGAUGACAGCAGAGGAACUGACCAACCAGGUGCUGGAGAUGCGCAACGUGGCCGCCAGCCUGGACAUCUGGCUGACCUUCGAGGCUCUGGAGAACGGGGAGCUGGAGCGGCCCCUGCACCCCAAGGAGAAGGUGCUGGAGCAGGCCUUGCAGUGGUGCAAGCUCCCAGAGCCCAGUGCAGCAUACCUGCUGGUGAGGAAGGUGCCCAUUGGUGAGGGCAGCUGUCUCUUCACAGGUGCCAAGCGUGAGACCCCCAAGUGUGGGCUGCUGAAAUGCCGUGAGGAGCCCCCCAAGCUGCUGGGGAACAAAUUUCAGGAGCGUUACUUCGUCAUCCGCGACAGGAGGCUGCUGCUGCUCAAGGAGAAGAGGAGUGCCAAGCCAGAGCGGGAGUGGCCCCUGGACGCAGCCAAGGUUUACAUGGGCAUUAGGAAGAAGCUGAAGCCACCAGCUCAGUGGGGUUUCACACUGACCCUGGACAAGCAGCAGCUGUACCUGGUGUGCUCAGGGCAGGCUGAGCUCUGGGACUGGACCACCAGCAUCCUUAAGGCUCAGCACGAUGACCUGCGCCCCGUGGUCCUGCGCCGACGCUCCUCCUCCGACCUCGCCAAGCAGAAAUUCGGGACCAUGCCACUGGUGCCCCUGCACGGGGACAGCACUGAUGCCACCAUGCUCUCUGCCAACCAGACCCUGCGCCGCCUGCACACGCGAAGGACUUUGUCCAUGUUCUUUCCCAUGAAGAUCCACCAGGACUCCCUGGAGGAGCAGCAGGAGAAGGAGGCAGACAUUGAUCCUGUCUAUGAGGAAGUGGGCAACUUCCCCGAGCUGGCGGCGCUGGACCUUGGGCAGGGGCUGCUGGCAGAGCUGGCGGCCGUGCCCCCCGUGGACAGGUCCAAGAAGCCAUUCCCAUUCCCCGAGCAGCCCCCAGGCACCGCCCUGCGCUCUUCCCUGCCUGCAAGCCCGGCCCACAGGGUGACAGGUCCCUCUGUCACCAAAGCCGUGUCCCUCGAAAGGGGCUUGAACCUGGAGAGCAGCAAAGCUCCAACGCCGGGGCUCCCACCCACCAAAACUUCCUCUCUGGAGAGGAACGUGGAGCCUUCCCUGGCGCUGGGCAGGGAGUGGGAGCAGGCAGCCACAGCGGGGAGCAGCCCCACGGCAGAGAGCUCCCAGGAGCUGCCCAGGAAGAGGAGCUUGCAGGCUCCGUCACCCAUCAGUGACAAACUGAUCCAGGAGCUCAGCAGUGUCAUCCUCAGGAAGAGCGAUGGCCAACCCCCGGGCCCGGGCCAGCCGGUGACGUGACCCGCUGUGCCAAAGGGGGUGGCCACCGACCUGGGGGUCGAGUCGUGCCCGGUGGCAGCGAUGAUGGGUACCCCCAGCAGGCAGAGAUGAUGGGUACCCCACACUCCCACGUCGUGGAACCCUCACGCUCCUCCUCCUCCUCAUCCCGGAGCCAGGCUGGGAUCGGGAACCAAAGGGACAAGUGGUCACCAGGAUGUUGGGCCGUGGUAGCCCCUCGUGGGAGGGCUGGGACUGCUGCCACCUGUGCUCUUGCUCGUGGGUGGCACAUCUGUCAUCGAGCCCAGCACCGAGGGACGCAAGCAAAGGGGAAAAAACAAAAGCAAGAACGUGGUGCCCGCAUGUUUUGGCAGCACGGCACCGUGCCAGGCAGGGGGCACGGGGUGCCAGCGUGUCCCCUCUCCAGCUCUGGGCCUGCAGGGCAGGGCCAGCACACC